UUCGAGUCGAGUGAGUUGAGUCGGGUCCAUUUGCUGUACUUGGCCAUCCAUUUGGCUAGGAUCCUUUUUUGCUGUAUAUACGUUACGUUUAGUGCUUGAGUUGCAAAGUAGGUAGGUUUGCAACAAUCAGUAUCACUGCUUUACAUGUAAGAAGGUUUUCUCAGCUCAGGAUUUUGACAAUCACUGGAGCACCUGUGAAAAUAUUGAUUCAAUUGAGCUGAAGAGACUGAAGGAUAGUAAAGUUAUCGGGAUGACGGACUUAGCAAAGAUGCAGGAAUUGCAAAGAAAGCUAAUUGGUACUGUACAAGAGUUCUACUGGGUGGAUGAGAAAAAUAACUUGGCAACAUGCAAAUACUGUAAGACAGUUGUAAAUAUUCAGUUCAAGGCAAUGAUAAAUCACAUGAAAAAUAAACAUGAUAAAACUCACUUAUCAUCAACUGAGGAAUCUUCUUCUGACGAAGAAGUACUUUAUAGUGAAAUUAUUGACUAUGGAAAACGGAGGUCAGAAUUGGCUCAAUUUGGCAGAGCAAACUUAAUCAAACUCAAUCACAAUGGCAGUAAAGGGUGGUGUUCAGUUUGUGAUUGCUACAUGUCUGCUCAUAAAAGAGUUUUUAAACAUCAUAUUCGAGGAUAUAUUCAUAAGGGUUUCUUGGAAAUCCAAGGCUUAACUCCGCUGCUGCAUGAUCCUGAGCCCAGAGAUUUUAAAACACUUUCUGUUUUUGAUUAUAGCAUAGAAUAUGUACCCUCAGAGAAAGCAUUUUACAUUGAUAGUAAAUAUGUUGUGGAUGUAUUCAGCUUUUUCCUAUUGUUUGAAAUUAAGGGUAAUCCACAUUUUAAGAAGACUAAAUGUUUUGCAUGUAAUGAAUUGAUUGUGCAAGGGCAAGAGCGCAAACAUUGUGAGACUGCUGAACAUAAGGAAAAGUUUCUUGAAGCUAAACUCAUGGAGCCUGGUCAGGAAGAAGAUAGUCCUAAUUUUGGGGAAUAUAUCAGAGAAAUAAAGCCAAACUUGUAUCACUGUGGAUUAUGCAACCGUACACUGCCAUUCAGAGCAGCAUUGGAGUUUCAUAAGACAUCACCUGGACAUCAGAUUGUAAAGAGCAAGCGAAUUAUAGACCGUAAAACUCCAGCCAUAAUAUUUAACACAAAACAUGAUGAUGUUUACAUAAAGCUAUUGACAAUUUGUGUGAAAGAUCAAACUAACAAAGACCAAGCCAGCAAAAGUCAACCUAACAAAAGCCAAGCUAAGUAAUAUAUAUUACAUAUUUCUCCUAUUUAUGAGGAUGAAAUUUUAAAUGAACUGAAAUCUAUCUACCUCAUAUUUUAUCUUUCUAGUGUAGUUGACUUUACGUGCAUAAUAUUAGCAAAACUAGUGGAUUAGGAAUUUAUUAUUUUAUAUUCUUAGGUAUAACU